CUGAUGCAGAGGUGAAGGAGAGGAAUGAGGAGAGAAGGAAACGACGGGAAGAGGAGAGACGACUGCGUAAAGACAAGCAGAAGAAGAGUAAGGAGAACAAGGGUCGGGUGCACAUCCACCAGACCGCAGACCAGGCCGUCAAGUCUAAGCCCGGAAAGUUCAAGUCCAAGGAAUACAUCGAUUCCGACAGCAGUUCCGAUUCGGAUGAAGACAAACCCCGCAAACUGGAGAUCGACGAACCCAAGAGUGAUGAGGAAAAGGACGAAAGCCGUCAGAAGUCUUCCUCGUCUGAGAAGUCGUCUAAAUCUUCCGCAUCCGAGAAGUCCUCUUCGGACGCCUCUGACAGCGAUUCUGACGCUAAGAAAAGGGGAGAAAAGAGGAAGAGAUCUGCGACCAAAUCGAAAGCCAAAAAAGUUAGCGAUUCUUCAGAUUCUGAUUCACCGGUUGAGGCGAAGAAACAAAAGGACAACAAGAAGUCAAAUAAGAAGAGGUUUUUAGCCGAUUCUGACGACGAGGAAGAGGCGCAACAGAAAGUUGCGAAGAGUUCUGGAGACAGCAGUUCCGACUCGGAUUCAGACAACAAAACUAAGACUAAAAGAGCGCGAAUCGAAUCGGACUCAGAGGUGGAGAGGAGUCCCGCGCCGGUCAACAAGUCGUCCGAUGAGGAGGAAGAGGACAAAGAGGAAGGCAUGGAAGUGGACAGAGAGGCCGAUGAGGCGAAUGAAGACAAACCCGGAGAGAAUAGCGAUAAAGACUCGGACGACGAGAGGGGUAAUGGCGCUCAAGAAGUGGCCAAAGAUUCUGAUAAUGAGAGCGCCGCUGAAGACAAGUCGGACGACGAGAAUAAUAAAUCAAAUCAAUCGUCUGCUGAGAGCUCCGACUCGGAGAACGA